GAAAAAUUGAGUUCCUCCGCGUGAAGCACGACCUUAAAGUCGCGAGGAUUUCAAAGAAAAUUCCCUCGCCAGUUUUAGUUCGAACACGUAACUCGCUCGCCGCAGAAAUUCAUUCAUUCAUUCAUUCAUUCGCCUAUAUUUUCAUCGAGUAACAUAAAAAAAAAAGAAAAGGAAAAAUAUAUAGUGUAUAACAAAAAAACGAAACGUGAAUCGCCACCUGUCAGCGAAAUGAACUCGCUGUACCUUGGGAAACUUCUGUUCACCUUCAUCGUCGUCUUCGUCGCAUUUCUACUCCAGGUAGUGACGUCAGAAGAAGGAAGUAACCAGGUUUCUCCGUCAUCGGGUCUUUCGAGCGGGCAAAACCAGUUUGUUAAAGCGCCCAGUGUCGGUGGAACAGCGCCGCCUCGGAGAGACGGUUGGGCGGCCCGGCGCCGACAACCCGACGCUUCGCCUUACCACAGGAACCAGCAUCCCAAGACCAAGACGAGCAGGAGGAAACCCACGAGACCUAGGAAAGACGUG